UUUACCCAGACAAAUUACGUGGUCUGUUCCCUCUUCUAUCCAGUUCUCUUUAGUGUUUGCCAAUGUUGGAGGUGUAACUGGGGUCUGGCCCUGGACAAAGGAAUAGAGCAUGGCUCAAGUGAAAGUACAGACCUCAGCACCCCUGGCUGGUCCUGGCCUCUCCCCUGGAGUUCCCCCAACGGCCAUGGCCAGCCCAGGAUCCCUGGGUCUGCAGCCCUCCGUCAACGGCACAGGCCCGGCCCCCACACCCGCCUGCCCUGCUCCUGCAGUCGGAUAUGGGGACGCCCCUGUGUCUGCCACACCGCCAGGCCCGCCCCAGGAGAACAUGGCAAACCCUAAAGAGAAAACUCCAAUGUGUUUGGUGAAUGAGUUAGCCCGUUUCAAUAGGAUCCAACCACAGUACAAGCUCCUCAAUGAGAGAGGCCCUGCACAUGCCAAGAUCUUCACAGUGCAGCUGACUCUUGGGGAGCAGGUGUGGGAGGCGGAGGGCACCAGCAUUAAAAAGGCCCAGCACUCCACAGCCGCCAAAGCACUGGCCGAGAGUGUCCUUCCCAGGCCAGCGCCCCGCUCCCCUAAAGUGGACGUCAACAGCAACCCAGGCAGUAUAACACCCACAGUGGAGCUGAAUGGUCUGGCCAUGAAGAGAGGAGAGCCAGCUAUAUACAGGCCUUUGGAUCCUAAGCCCAUGCCCAAUUAUAGAGCCAACUACAACUUUAGAGGGAUGUUCAACCAAAGGUACCAUUAUCCUGUUCCUAAGAUCUUCUAUGUGCAGCUGUCCGUGGGGACUCAUGAGUUUAUUGGCGAGGGACGCACCCGCCAAGCAGCAAGACACAACGCUGCCAUGAAGGCCCUGCAAGCCCUGCGCAAUGAACCUAUCCCAGAACGGCCACCACAGAACCCAGAAGAGAAAGGGGAGACAGAGGAAGGCAGUGAUGCCAGCAAAUCCGAGAUCAGCCUGGUCUAUGAAAUUGCCCUCAAGAGGAACUUAUCUGUCAACUUUGAGGUGUUGAAGGAGAGUGGCCCCCCACACAUGAAAAGCUUCCUGACUCGCGUCACCGUGGGGGAGUUCUCCGCUGAGGGCGAGGGCAACAGCAAGAAGCUGUCCAAGAAGCGUGCCGCUCUGUCCAUCCUGCAGGACCUGAAGAAGCUGCCCUUCAUCCCCGCUGUGGAGAAACCCAAGACGCACUACAAGAAACGCACCAAGACCAUCCUCAAGACGGGACCAGACUAUGGCCAGGGCAUGAACCCAAUCAGCCGUCUGGCCCAGAUCCAACAGGCCAAAAAGGAGAAGGAGCCCGAAUACCUGCUGCUGUCAGAGAGGGGGAUGCCCCGGCGCCGGGAGUUCAUCAUGCAGGUGAAGGUGAAUAACGAGGUCGCCACGGGAACAGGACCCAACAAGAAGGUGGCCAAGCGGAACGCAGCCGAGGCGAUGUUGCUGCAGCUGGGAUACAAGGCCUCCACAGUCCCACAGAACCCCACUGAGAUGGACAACAAAGGCUGGAACGGACAAAAGGCGUCUUUUACCGAAGCGACAAGUAACACCCAGAAGGGUCUGCUCCACCUCAGCCCUGAUGUCUACCAGGAGAUGGAAGCCAGCAGGAAGCAGGGGGGCAGUGGUUCGGGCCCAGGCGGCAGCAGUGGCGGCUCCGUCAACUACAUAACAUCCAAAGAUAUGGGGCCCUGCUCUGCCCCGUUGCCCCCAGGACACCCUCCAUACUACAGCGGCUCGACCUCCUCACCCAACCCCACUGCUACUAUGGCCAGGGAGCUGCUGCUUAACGGUCAGUCCCCCACUUCUGAUGCCUCCCUGCCCAUAAAGGGGAAGAACCCGGCCCUGGCCUGUGGCGUCUCAGUGCAGCCCGCACAGCAGCUGGACUACCUGGCUCGCAUCCAGGGCUUCCAGGUGCAGUACAGUGAUGCGCAGAGUGGUAAGGAUUUUGUAACCUAUUUGACCCUCUCCCCUGUGCAAAUGACUUUCCACGGCACCGGGAGCACCCUCCAAGCCAGCCAUGACCAGGCUGCUCUAAGUGCCUUGAAACAGCUGUCGGAGCAGGGACUGGACCCGGUGGAUGGCCCCAUCAAGACCAGUGAACCAUGUGGGAGGGAGGACGGACAUUAAACAGACUAACUCAGGCACCACCACUCAGGUCUGCAAGGAUUCAAAGGCUGUCGUCUAGGAGCUGACAACCCCGACCCCCCCACCCCCCCCCACCCCCCCUACCCCAACCCACCCCACCCCCGACCCCACCCUCCUUUGGCAUACACGAACCUUACAAAACCCAAUCCACCCUUCACCCUGAUCUCCCAUAACCUACAACAAGAACCUACACAGUGUUCCCACUACCCACAAUUCCCCCACCCUCUCUACCCCCCCACCCACACCACCCCACCCCCCCACGAUUGCCACUGUAUCCUGCAAAACCUGUCAACAUGCAAUAGGGUGGAUGUGCACCGAGAAAUGACCGACUAAAACACCAUUACCUGAGUCUAUGUGAAGACAACGCUAUCUUAACACGUUUAUUGAUGAUUUCAGUCAAAAUUUAGAGACAAAAAAUAAAUAAACGAAAUACAAACUAAUGAGAUAAAUGCAUGGUACUGUAUGAAAUCAAGGGAAAUCCAAAGUGAUAGACAAUUUUCCCUUUGGAUAAAUGUCUGUUGGUAUGGUUAAAACAAAUAUGUACAUCAUGCCAUUGAAAUACAAAAGAAACAUUUUAGGCGAGAAACCAACUUGCGUACAGUAGCUUAUUUUUUCGGGGGUAUUAUGUUUCCGUUUAUUUUAUUUUUUUUCUUUUGUUAUUUUAUUAAUCUAACAAUGCUUGAGUACUGUAUUUAAAAUUAACCAAUGCCAGUGCUGUGAAAGUUGUAGUUGUUGUCUUCAUAUAUAGUCACCCAGCUUACCUUGUAUGCUGACAUAAAAAAAAAGAGUUCAUCUAUCUAUAUGGAUGUGUAUGACUUGCAAGAGUAUCAUAUUCCGAAAAAUAACAAAGAAAAGUUUUUUUCAUGUGGACAAAAAGGACAAAACUGGUGUUAGCAGUAAUCAGUAGAAGUGCUGACCACCCAGGAGUGAAGGUUGGACCGACCUUCAGUUCCUGAAGGGUCUACCUAUCCCUUUUUAACAUGACCCCACACUGGCAUAGCAUCACUGGAGCAUCACCUGACCAAGACGGAGACUAAGGGGCCACCACAGUUGUACUUUUUAACUAGAAAAAGAGGCCAUUUGCAUCGACAGUGGCUAGUUUUUCACGCACAUUCUCUAAUGCCAGUAAGCUUUUAACGUAGACUCCAAACUCCUGAGAGUUUUGUACGGACUGCAUGUCCUCCAGUGAAUGAAAAGUCCUCUCCAUUCCAGUGAUUUUGUGUCAGUGGAUCAUCCCCACUCUCUCCCCCCCUCCCCUCUCCCCCCACAGUUUUGUCGAUCACAUCUACACCCAUUGUGUGUGUUGUAUUGACCUGCCAAGGCAUCAACUGGGUGCUUUUAAUGCCUGCAUUCUGGAGGGCAUCUUUUGAGCGGAGAGAGCCUGCGUCCGAUCUGCAGGCUCCCUCCCCUAAAGGCCACUUUGAAUCACUUUGUUCACUGACACUGAGGAUGUGUCUUCUUCUUCGCUGUGAGUGCAAUGUGUAAUAAGGCUGUUUCUGUUACUGAAAUGCAGUAAAAACACCUCAGUUCAUGUGGAAAAAAAAAAAAUCUGUUUUUUGUGU